CGUCGGGCCUCGUCCUCGUCUUCAUGCCCGCUUGGACUAGCCGCCUUCUCCACCAUUACCGCUCUCACUAUGCUAUGUAACACCACCACCCACCACCACCACCACCUCACACACCACCCACCUCCACCCACCACCGCGAAACCAAACCCACGAUAUCACCUGUCCGGCGGCGUCCGCACUUCUAGAUCUCCGUGCACCUACAUACACCUCUGCACACCUCCACCUCACAGCGUGUAACGGAGCUCGAACCGUUAGCCGUGGAGCACUAUCCGUGUCCACCUCCCUACCUAUGCUCACAUUCUCACAUUCUCACAGCCAUGCAUCGGCGGCGUCAUUCUGCAGGCAGAGUCGAGGAAAAAAACUCGCACACGUCGAGAGUAGUGUGCACUGUGCAUUGCUUUGCUUUACUUGCUUGCGCACUAACAGUCCAACACUGGGGGCUCGAAACGAAGCUCACUGUAGAGUACUUUACAGUACUAUACUCUAGCUUCAACCGAAGCUCACUGCUCACUGCUCAAUCGCGUAUUCUAUAUACGGGAAGUAUUUUAUGGUCCGUAUAUAUAGUAUGGUGUACCUACUAUAGUAGUAGUGCGAUAUGAUAUGUACGAUAUCCACUAUGAUAUGUACGAUAUGUACGAUAU